UCUGAGGACGGAUUACAAUCAGCUAAUGCACUUGAAGAUGACAGACCUCCCCGAAGCAUUAAUACAGUAAUAGCCCAAUUUAAACUGAAAUAGACUUCUCAACAUUAAUUUAUAAAUUGCGAGUGGACCACAGAGGGAGUGAUGCAUUGACACAGGUGGCAUUUUUGUUUUGCCUUGGAACAUUUUUUCCAUCAUCAGUGGAGGUAUGUGCGUUCUGAACGCAACAUGAGACUCUCAGGCUGUGCAAGAAAAAUCAUUGCGGGAAGAAAACUCGAAAGAGCUUCUGCUUUGGUAAACUUUCCACCUAUGAAAUGAGUUGCGCGGUUGUUUUAUCCAGAGCGGCCAAACUCCUCCAGAGCAAAGACAGAGUUCGAUGAAUGGACCGCAGGAUGUUUUCGGGUCAGAGUGGUGUGAAUUACAGCUUCAACCAGAGCGAUGACCUGGAGCCGGGGGACGCGUCUGCGGGCGCGGCGAAGCUCUCCCCGGUGGGCUUUGUUGUGCUUUCAGUCUUCUUGGGAUUCAUCAUGACUUUCGGCUUCCUGAACAACCUCAUAGUCCUCCUGCUGUUCUGCAAAUUCAAGAAGCUGCGCACGCCGGUGAACAUGCUGCUGUUGAACAUCAGCGUCAGCGACAUGCUGGUGUGUUUGUUUGGCACCACUCUCAGCUUCGCCUCCAGCAUCCGGGGAAAGUGGCUGCUGGGGCGCGGCGGCUGCAGCUGGUACGGCUUCAUCAACUCCUGCUUCGGUAUUGUUUCGCUGAUCUCACUGAUGAUCCUCUCCUACGACCGCUACAGCACCCUGACUGUUUACAACAAGCAUGGACCAGACUACCGUAAGCCCCUGCUUGCCGUUGGGGGCUCUUGGCUUUACUCCUUGUUUUGGACAAUGCCUCCCCUGCUCGGCUGGAGCAGCUACGGCUUAGAGGGGGCAGGAACAAGCUGCUCUGUCUCCUGGACAGCCAAGACCACUCAGUCACAUGCCUAUAUCAUCUGUCUGUUCAUCUUCUGCCUAGGUCUGCCCGUCCUCGUGAUGAUAUACUGCUACAGCCGUCUGCUCUUGGCAGUGAAACAGGUUGGGAAGAUCCGGAAGAAUUCAGCCAGAAGGAGAGAGUACCACAUACUGUUUAUGGUUCUAACCACAGCAGCCUGUUACCUGUUGUGCUGGAUGCCGUAUGGUGUUGUAGCCAUGAUGGCAACAUUUGGCCCACCCAACAUCAUCAGUCCUGUCGCCAGCGUGGUACCGUCACUUCUGGCCAAGAGCAGCACUGUCAUCAACCCUGUCAUCUACAUCCUGAUGAAUAAACAAUUCUACAGGUGUUUCCUGAUUCUGUUCCAUUGCGCUCACUGGUCAUCAAAAAAUGGAAACACUUCAGUGCCCUCCAAGACCACAGUAAUCCCUUUGAACCGCAGAGUCUACAGCAACACAGUGGCGCAGAUCUCUACAGAUGCUCUCAACUAGUCCUACUUCAAAGAUUCAUCUUCCCUUUAACGUCAUGACCCAAACCUGAAAGUCCGUUCCUAAAACAUCCACAUCCAUGACAGCUUCCACAAGACUUUCCACAGGAUUUCAGAGGGCGGAUACAGGGAUUUGCUUCCUCUCUGCUGCGAGGCGAUGCUUGGUGACAUUGUCUGGCACGCAGUCAGCCUUAUGAUUUAUCCUGAACAUGUUACACUGAUUGAGGUCAUGGCUUUCUGUGUGCACUUUUGAUUUUCUUUCAUGCCAAAUUUAUUAAUGCCAACAAUUUGCUUGCUAGUACAGAAAACGAUCUUCUUCUGAAGUUCUCUGCAACUGAAACCAGGAAAGGCAUGUGAACAAUUGUUUUGCAAAACUUUGUUUCUCUGUAAAAUAAUAACAUGAUUGAUGUUUACUGGGCUUUUUCUGAAGUGUACUUGCUUGUUUUUUUCAUUUCUCAUGCCAUCUUCGAUAUUUCUCUCUCAGUGUACAUUUCCCAGAAUUCAAAGAAUCUUUAGCUAUUUCUUAAAAUGCAGCUAGAGUAAACAAAAACAAAUCCUAUUCAUGCGUGCUGCGAUAUUCACUUUGAGCCAACUCCCCCUCCACCAAUUUAUACACCAAUUUGUACCUAUGCAUUACCAUUUCGUCCCAACCUGCUUUUCAUACCUGUUAGUAAACUGUGUCCAACCCAUGUAAGCUACGUAAAAAUGUGUACCAGUUUGUUUCUCUGUUAAGUAUUUUGGUGAAUAAUCAUAAUCUGCCACAUCAGACAAAUAUUUUUUUUUUAUAAAUGUCAUUACAAUUUAUAUUUUAUUUUUAUUGAUUGUGAUUGUAAGUAAAAAAAACUGUAUUUGACUGUAUUAUUUAAAUACCACCUUUCAAGACACACAAAGUGCUGCUGAACACAUUACAAUCAAAUACUAUUAAUUAAAUAAAAGCUAUUUUAAAAACAUAGGGCUUUAGCUUCAGUGGAAAAAGCUUUUUAACUUUCAUUUUCAGCCUUGUAAAUGGCACAGCCAGCAGGCCCUGUUAACAGGACCUCAGGGACCCGCUAGGUAUAUCUGAAAAGGUUCAGAGAUACACACCAGUGCUUGUCAGUGAAGAGCUCUUCAGAACUGGGGUCAUAUAGUGAGCUCUAGAGUGGAUAGGCAGCGAGUGAAGCCCGAAAUAAUGUGGAGUACUGGGAGAAAACUUUCAAUAGUCAAUCCAAACAAAUAAGUACAGUACUGUGAAAAGAUUAUCAAGAAAUGAACGAAUUAAGUGAGAUCAAAUUAAUUUAAAUACAUAAACAGCCUUCAAAUGAUGUUUUUAUUUAUUAAAGCUGCAGUAGGUUCAGACAAACAUGCAAAACAUUUUUUUUACAUAUUUGUUAUAAGUGUCAUUAUGUCCUGACAGUAUGAGAGAGAUUAUCUGUGAAAAAAUUAAGCUCCUCUGGCUCCUCCAAGUGGUCCUACUGCCAUUUGCAGAAAUACACCGCUCCCAGUCAAUAACAACCAAUCAAAGCCAGGAGGAAUGUCUUUGCAGUGUCAAUCAUGCUCAUGUACCAGCUGCUCACAACCUUUCCCCCGCACGGCGCAUAACGUCAUUCAAGAUUUCCAGUGUUGCAGCUAAGCUAAUGGCAUUGUGCUAAUGAUCUGAGAACCAGGUUUGUAGUCAAUGUAUGGGCAGGCUACUAAGGAAUGUGCCAUAGCUGUUAAUCCGUCAUCAUUGGUAGCACUAAUUACUAAACCUGCGCGUUCAUGGCAGGCUCUGCUGUAGAUGAGGGCUGUAGCACAGCAGAGAGCCAGGGGGAAGGACCUGUAAGGUGUGCUCGUUCAAACCUUCAGGCUAAGUCCACAGUUUUCUCAGAACUCCCUACUGCAGCUCUAAGUGAAAAAAAAAGUUGUGAAAACCUACCUCUAUGUGAAAGAGUAAUUGCCCCUUGCCAAAUCAUAAGCCAAAUGUAAGUAAUCACAAAAGCUAUGUUUAAUUUAAUUAGCCAUACCCAUGCCUAGCUACUACCAGACCCGCAGAAUCAAUGAAUGACUAUAAAAAAAUCUCAAAAGUAACAUAUUGUUGCCAAGACUGAAGAAAUUCAGCAGACGUCAAUGACAUCUAUCAAUCUGGAAAGGCUUCCAAAGCCAUUUCUAAGGCUUUAGGACUACAGCAAGCCAAAAUGAGAGACACCAUCUACAUAAUCGAGACAGUGGUGAACAUUCCCAGCUGCUUUGAUGCUUCAGGACCAGGAUGACUUGCCAUAAUUAAUGGAACCCUGAAUUUUGAUCUCUAAAAAAUCCUGAAGGAGAAUGUCCAAGCAUCAAAUUUUGACCUUAAAGUAAGGCACACUUGGGUUAUGCAGCAGGGCAACAAUCUAAUGCUCAUCACCAAGUGGGAAUUACCUCUGAAUGAUUAAAAAAAAAUGAAAUGAACAUCUGGGCAUGUUGUGGCAUAUCCUCGUGUGGGGCUGAGUUAAAGGAAAUUUGUGAAAAAGAGUGAACUUAAAUUGCUCUACAGUGACGUAAAAGACUUAUUGCCUGUUAUCAGAAAUGCUUGAUGGUUGGUGUUGCCUGAUGUAGAUUUAGCACAGGUGUCAAAAUGGCCAAGAGUUUGCAUAACCAGAGGAAUAAUCUCAUCUGAAGCACACCCAAUGCUUUAGUCCUUACCUCAAGAACAUUUUCAGCCAUUCAACAUUUAAAAGUUAAUUUAGCUGCAAACAUUGUGAGGCUUCAAAGGUGAUUACUUCUGACUUAACAGAUGUCUAGAAACAACUGAAACUCUCCACAAGGAGGGUAGCCUAACAUUCUUAUUAAAAAUAAAAAAUUUUUUAUUGAUCUUCAAAUUUUCUGAGACACUGAAUUUUGUGUUUUCAUAAUCUGUCAGUCAUAAUCAUCACAAUUACAAGAAAUAAUGGCUUAAAAUAUUUCACUAUAUGUGUAAUGAAUAUAUAUAAUUUAUUACUUUCAUUUUCUCAAAUGACUGAUGAAAGAACUGAAUUGAACUUUUUUAAAAUAUUCAAAUUUUUUUUGCUAAGUUAAUAGUAAAACAAAAAGAACAAUUUCUUUAGAAUAAGCUUUACCUGAUUUGAGAAGCAAUCUGCUUUACCACCACCUUUUCUAAAAUCUUAGCAACAUAUGGUAGCUAUGAUCUUCGUUAGGCGUAGUUGACGCUUAUUAAAUAUAAAUAGUUACCAAAAAGGUUACCAAACAGUUCAGUGGUGAACGGUUCUGAAAAAGCUGAGUACUGCAAAUGUGGGGAAGGGGCAAAACGACCAACACUCGACAAAGAUGAGGCCACCUUUUUCAUUUAGCCUCUCUAUAUGACAAAAAGCAGCCUUUGAACAGAACAGAUCUCUGUGUAGAACUGUACUAGCAUUAGCUUUGUUUGGUGUUACUAAGAAAACUUUACUUAAAAGGGUUCUGUCAAAACACUACAUUAAUCCAACAGUAUUUCUACAUUUGAUCAGUAUUCCCAUACUGUAAUCCCAUUAAAAACAUGUUUCAGUAAGGGUGAACAUAAUCUGUCUCUCAUCUAUUUUCAGUCAUCAAGUAAAACUGCUGAAGUUCAAGGACAGUUCAAGGACUCAGGUUGAAUAUAAUUUCCUUUCCUGAAACAAACAUGCCACUGUGGCUAAAUUAUUAAAAUACUGCAUUUGCUUUUAAAUGUUACUUCCCAUGAAAGACUCCAAAAAAACUGAAGCUUGUGGCUAUUGUUUGUUGCCUUGCAGUCAGUUCAUCAUUGUGUCACUGUAAAAGCUGGCCAAUUAGAAGCUUCUGCUUUGAUCAUUUGUGUAGUUUUAAAUUUUGGGUGGGUAUAUUUAAACUACAACCUGUUCGUAAAAUGUCUCCAGCUUGUAGACAUUUGAUUGUAAAUAAAGCAAAAUAUUAAAAGGGAUCACAAAAACUUGUUCCACCAUCUUUUAACUUGUACAUACCUAAAGCCUAAUAAAUCUGGUCUGCAUGUA